AACGAUAGAGGUGUCGUGGUCGGCUCCGAAUCCAGCUGAUGUCCGAGGAAUUGUGCUCGGCUAUCGGGUCCUUUACGGCCCUUCGCAGGACUUUCAUGGAAUCCUGCACGUUCCUGCUGGUCUCCCCGUCCACCGCCGUCUACCUGGAGGGCCUGACAAACGACACCCACUACGAGAUACAAGUCAUGGCCUACACGAACGCCGCCGUGGGAAGCGCUUCUCCGCCGGUUGUCUGCCACACCCCGCCUCUGAUCCCAGCGGCUCCCCCAGCACAUCAGCGACGAAUUCCGCAUAAACAGCACAGCAGAACUGCAACCAAUUGGCACGUGGUAUGCUGUAGGCAGGACUCCAAGGGUACUCAUGGUAGCAGACGGUUGCGUUAAUUGUUAUUACAUAAUGACAAUGCAUAAAUAUAUUUAUGAAGU